CGCCGCCGGCUGGGAUUCGACUGCUUCGCAGCACAUGAUUUGAGCGGAUGGCGGACUGUAGAUGGACGGUGACCGUUACGGGACGCUCGGCGGCCUAAGACGGGCGGCGGGGCUCGCAGGGACUGACUACAUGUGACUGACAUUCAUUGACUCCCUUCGGGCUGCCGCUCGGUCUGCUACGAUGAUGGUGGCUGCGCGACCCGGCGGGGUACUUCGGACGCGGGCUGACGGCUCAUUUUAACGCGCGGUUUAAACGCCGCUACGUCCACUCUGCGCUCGCUCCUGUAGCUCUCACACGCCGGCGCCGUGUCUCUCUGUACCACUUGGCGGAUUAAACCCGGGGGGCGCGCUGAGCAUCCAGCCGAGCCUUAAAUCGCAAGUGCGGCCGCCCUCGGACGGAAGCCCUCUGGCGCCGCUUUCUCUGCUCUUGGUCAGUGUCGCACUGGCGGUCUGCGGACCGGCUUCGCUGCCAAGCAGUCGACACGACGUCCGCCUAAGAAGUGCGGUUGAGUGGCAGCCGGUAAAUAAACGGCUCGGCCGCCGGCGACGGCGGCGGCGCCGCUACCAACCAGGCCAGACCCAGAGCCGCCGAAGGGGAGCGACCGUAGGGUUAUAUUCAUUGCUGCGGCCGCCGCGGCGCGAGUCCCUCCCGCAGCACAUCUCGCCGUCGCUGUUCUGUGAGGGGCGAAGCGCCUGUCCGUCUUCUCACACCAUUUCCUGGUUUACAGCCGUGCUUCCACCCCCUGGCUCUCCUCCUCCUGCUGCUGCUCCUCCUCGGUGCUCCAGGAGGCCGGGCUCCCCCCGCGUCCCCAUGACCUCAGCGCCGCGGACGGCGCACACUCGGCUCGGCGGGGACGCGCUGUGAACGCGGCGGCGGCCUCGGCGGCUCCAUCGACGGGAACGCGGCGCCAAGCCAAGGCUCCAUAUUCAGGGAGAGCCCCGCUAGAGAGGAUGGCACUGCGUUUGGAAGAGGCCCGGAAACUGGGCUGGAUCCUGCUGAAGGCCUUGAUGCGUUUCACGUUCAUGUUCAUCAACAACUGUGUCGCCAUACCCUCCUACUGCUUGUACCUGCUGCUACUACAGCCGCUGCGUGUCAUGGACAGUCGCACUUUCUGGUACAUCGAAGGAGUGAUGUUCAAGUGGAUGUUGGCGAUGGUGGCAUCCUGGGGCUGGGUUGCAGGUUACACAGUGAUGGAGUGGGGCGAUGACGUGAAGGCCAUCUCUGAGGAGGAAGCCGUUGUCAUUGUCAACCACCAAGCCACGGGCGACGUCUGCACCCUAAUGAUGUGCCUGCAGGACAAAGGAACGGUGGUCCGAAAGAUGAUGUGGUUGAUGGAUCACGUGUUCAAAUACACAAACUUUGGCCUGGUGUCGCUAAUCCACGGGGAUUUCUUCAUCAGACAGGGUAAAGCACACCGGGACAAGCAGCUGGUUUACCUGAAAGACCACCUGGACAAGUUCUACUAUAAUCGUGACAGGAAGUGGAUUGUCUUGUUCCCCGAGGGGGGCUUCUUACGCAAGCGGCGGGAAACCAGCCAGUUGUUUGCCAAGAAAAAUGGCUUGCCACACCUGACACAUGUGACCCUGCCCCGCCUGGGGGCGACACAGGUCAUCCUGAAGACCCUGGGCCCGCAGCAGGAGAACGGCAGCCUUGGAAUGGGGGAUGCCAGCACAAUAGUGACCAAACCCAAGGGGCUGCAGUGGGUGGUGGAUGUCACCAUUGCCUAUCCCAAAGCGCGGCCCAUGGACAUUCAGACCUGGAUCUUCGGUUACAGGCCUCCCACGGUCACGCAUGUACAUUACAGGAUUUACCCGAUCAGGGAGGUCCCGGUGGAGACGGAGCCACUGACGGACUGGCUGUACCAGCGGUUUGUGGAGAAGGAGGAGCUCCUGGCCCACUUCUACGAAACAGGGGCAUUCCCACCACCUAAAGGGCAGAAACAAGCCGUUUCCAAGGAGAUGACACUUGACCCUGUGUGGCUUUGUGUUAUACAGUCACUUGCCUUUGCAUCUGGCUACAUGUGGUACAAUAUUCUCAAGUAUUUCUACUGCUGUUUCUUUUAAUUCCGUGGAGAUUCGAAGACGAGUCCAAUGGACAAAGAUUGAACCUUGAUCAGUCUCUGACCCAGAAGUCCUCCUCUUGAUGUGUGAAUGUAAAUUUGCAAAGUCGAGGCUUUGAAAAGGGUACUUCUGUGCAAACCACAUUUCCCCUUAACAUGUGUGUGCAUGUGCCUGCAUGCGUGCGCGCACACACACACACACACACACACACACACACACACAGAGAGCAAGACUCGCAUCAACAGAUGUACACCCACACACUCAGUGAUGCAAAUGUGCAUACAGAAACACUAUUUGAAAUAAGGCUCAGGAUUAACACGAAGAAGGACAUGGAUUUCAUUUAGUCUGUCGCGUAGACGUAGCAGUUGAGUUCUUGGAGGCUUGACUGAAGACGGCCCUUUGCUCUUGCUGCCUCCGCUCUCCUUCCUUUCAAACCCAACGGAGGCGGUCCAGCCCGACUUGAGACUCGUUCCUUUGGGUACGCGGAUCGGAGGCUUGCUGAACAUGGAACACCCAGAACUUUGUGGCCCACUGGUGCUCCUCGGCUGGGAGGGGUGCGUGCUCCACUGCAAUUGUCGUCUCGGCCUCCUCAUCUCAGUUGCACUAUGGUUCCAUUGUGCCCUUCCACCCAUCUGUCUCCGGAACCGCCCAGAAGUAUGUCCAUCGUUGCUGUAUGUGUGCUUUCAGCAGCCAUUUGUUAUCUGUACAUUUCCUUUCCAGUACCUACAGUUGACUCUGGCUGACGGUGUACGUGUUUACACCGGUCACCUGUGCGGUACGAUGGCACAUUGGCCGGCUCUGCUGUUUGUCGUCCAGAGGAGGGCUGGCCACAGCAAAGACCCCGAGGCAGCAGCAGAGCAAGGCCUGCGUGCCCAUGACGGUGUGAGGGCAGGGCUCAAUCCACGCUCCUCCCGCGACACAGGAGUGGCGAGUCUCAGCCUUUGGACCCCGGUGUGUCCGCCCCCAUCAGCCCUGCGGACAGCCACAGUGCAGCUGUGCCACGCGAAGCUGACAUUUUGCUGAUAUUGCCUAGAUGCAUCUGGCAGAUGCCCCAGGAUUGCUGAAAUGUCUGCAUAGAACACUGUUUCAAAUAUUUAAGCCAUAAGCUUAGACGGGAGAAACCUUUUAUUUUGUGGGAGGGGAAAAUGUAUUUUAAAAACUCAACCAAUUUUUGUCUGCGUUCUAAAGUUGGGGAAAUGGCGGAUAAAAUUUUAGGUGUUACUGUAACUUGACAGCAUAACCUGCCUAUGUGAGUGUGUGAAAUACUUGGUCCCCUUUUUUUUUUCUUUUUUUUUUUGUGA